AUGUUAAGUGGAGACAACACAAUGUCCGACUACGAUCUACAGUUUCAAGCGGACCUCGAAAAGGCGCAGGCUUUGAGUUUAGAAAGUUUGGCUCUUGAACAGUUUCGCAGACAGAAACUACUGUCUAAUACAGAUAAUGUCCGAGAAAAUACAGCGAACAGUACGCGUCGACGCGAGGACGGCGAAGGACCACCACCUGCGUUGCCACCACCGCCGCGAAAGCCCCCACGAGGGCGCAUUUCCACUUCAGAAACGUCAAGAUCAACAGGCACAAGUCCUACCAGGACUGAAAGCAGUGAUCUAAUAUCAUUCACAAGCCCAACAAGUAAGACUGCUCCGAAGGAUUCCCAUGCUUCUCUCAAGGAAUAUAUUGAACAAAUUAGCAAAUUAGGACUGCAAACUGAAGAGAUAAAUGUUAAUACGUCAGAAACACCUCCAACCAUGAACAAUCAUCCAUAUAAUCAGGGGCCAGCUCACCCAUAUGGCCCACAAUACCCUUACAACUAUCAGCAACCAUAUACUCCAAUGCCAUCAUAUCCAACUGCUUCACCAUAUGGAAUGCCAAUGCCGUUAGCUACUCCAGCUCCAAAUUUACCAAAUUAUUCGUAUUACGCGCCACUCAUUGUCGGUUCACAAGACCCUACAACACCCUAUGUUGCAACGAAUCCACCGAUGUAUGCGCCAACGAUACCGUACAGUCAAACAAGGAUGGCCUCUCCUGCUCCAUAUAUCGGGUAUCCUCCUCCCUCUAAUCAUACGCCUUCAUACAACUAUAAUACAACAAAUAUGAUAACCAGGCCGACAAGACCUGCCAGCUUAUAUCCACAACUCAGUCAACUGCACAUGUAUCCGCCAAUGCCGACUAGUUCUCCUGUGAUUCAAAAUGUUAGCAAUAACAGUACAAGCGCACAGACUGUUGUGAAAGCUGAACCAUCUAGGGACAGCGUGGAAAGCAAUGCCUCGAGAAAAUCUUCCGAAGUCAGUAUUGGGUCGAACGAGUCAAACGACACUAUCGGCAGUCUGCCGAAGUCGCAGAACUUGAUCGACUUCGGAGGCCGGCUAGCAAAAGGUGCAGGUAGCGUAAGAGUCAGUGUGCUAGAGGCAUUUGAUCCGCUACUAACCGAUCAGCCUCAUUCUGAAUACAUGGCGCCUAGUGAAUGUUCCAGCAGCGUGUACGAAGAGUACGACCCGUUGGACUUUUUGUAUGGUGAGACAGAGAUGCGCGACGCGCCCGUGUACGCGACAGUGAGCAAGCGAGAUAGUACUAUGCUGCCGUCUCCUCCGCCUAAGUCCAUACCUACCAUGCCAACUGUCGCUAAGAGGCCUACUACGAAUAAACUUUAUGACUGUAUUGUAAGAACCAGAAACAAAAAUUAUGACAGUGAGCACAAAGCCUUUUUGAAAUUGGUACAAGAUGUCAGAAAAAAGUUUGUAUUUUCGGAUGAAAAAACUAACCCGGGUCAUGUGAUAGCAGCGCGCUCUGGUGGUAAAUACCCGCCUAACACAAGCAUCAAAGUACUGGUGUACAACGCGCACGCGGACGAGCCCAUUACCUUCACCUCUGAUGUCGAAUCAACUGUGGAACAUGUGAUACUUACCGUAGUGUGUUCUCUCGAUGAAGAUAUAAGGGACGAUAUGUCGGGAUAUAUGUUGCGAGUAUGGGGUGCAAAGGAAUACUUAACUCCGGGUAGUUCCCUCAGCGAGUACGAUUACAUCCGCGAGUGCGUACGCUUAGAGAAAGACGUGCGUCUCUAUUUGCACGAGGGCGGGGACAACGCGCUGGCGAGGAGUGAAAGAGACGACGCGAGAGAUUCCCACCUUACUCUCGACGAUCUUAUUUCAUCGCAAGGAGCCACGCUUACUUUCGAUAACCUGUCUAUAUUACUCGAGACACUGGAGGGAGAACUAUCAAGGGUCGUGGGAGUGGUUGGAGCUGAAGGGAGCUGUUCCCCCAAAGCCGUAUUUCAGGCUGUGAAAGCCAUUUGUGCAUUGGCUGGCGGUGUGGAGACCUUACAUGUGACAUACACGCUAAACGCGUUCGCACAAGCUUGUACUGCGCAGGGUGGCGGCAACGCGGUGACGCCGGAGAUCCAGGCGGACAGCGGGCCGUAUUGCGCGGUGUCGCUGCGCGCGGCCACGGCGCGCGAGGCGGUGGCGCAGCAGUGUGCGCGCCUGCGCGACGCCGUGCGCGCGCUGCUGGCGCUGUACACGCGCGCGCGCCUACUGGACUUCAGCCUGGCCGACGCGCCCGCCGCCGUGCCGUCGCAGCCGCACAAAGCAGCCCCAGCGCACACAAUAUCUGAAACAGUGUUAUUCUGCAUCGAGGCAGUCCAUUGCUUGCCCCUAUGCUGGAAUCACGACGAGUAUCUGUUUCACGCUCAAAUAUACUACGGCACGAGGCCUUUGAAAACUGUGCACGCAACGCAAUCUUCCAAGAUAGAGUGUGGUGGCUUUUAUCCCAGAAUAAUUUUUGAUACUUGGUUAAAUCUAGAAGAUAUCCCAAUUAAUACUUUGCCACGAGAAUCACGUUUAGUACUGACUCUUUAUGGUCGAACUCAAAGAACUGUGGACAAUCAGCAUCAAAUCAAUGAGAACAACCAGCAGAAUAACGAAAGCAAUGAAGAGAACGGCGACGUGCAGUAUGAACAAGUUGAGCUUGGCUGGGCUUCUAUACAAAUGUUCGAUUAUGAUUGCAUGCUGGCGGGCGGCAACUACGUGUUGGCGCUGUGGGCGGCGCCGUGCGACCGGCGCGUGGGGCCCGCGCCGCACGCGCUGCACCACCCGCCCGCGCCGCACCCCGUCAUCAACAUCGAGAUUCCACUGUACACACGCACGGGUGUUAAAUGGACGAACGGCGACGAAGAGAAACAAAGAAAAAUCUCGCAAGAAGAGUUGCCGUCAUUCGACUCUUUGGACGGACAUACCCAGUCGCAACUGUUGCAUUUAAUAGAACAGGGCGCUUAUCAGAGAAUGCCCAAUGAGGGAAGGGAGGUAAUGUGGGAGAAACGUCAAUACCUGGUAGAAUUACCUGGUGCAUUACCUCUGGUCCUGCUGGCCGCCACCAACUGGUACGGGGAGCACCGCGCGCAGCUGGUAUCGCUGCUUGAGCUGUGGGCGAAACCUUCGCCCUUGAACGCCAUGCAUUUGCUGUUACCUUGUUUCCCAGAUUUAGCAGUACGCAAGUUAGCGGCAAAUCUAUUGAACGGAAUGUCCGACGACGAGUUGAUACGCGUGCUGCCACAGCUGACGCAGGCCUUGCGCUACGAGACGUACGAGGCCAGCCCGCUUGCAGAAUUGUUGCUGUCCCGUGCUAUGUCCGCACCGGCUGUUGCUCAUAAGCUGUUUUGGUUACUGGUUCAUUCCUUGCCAAAUGUACCGCAGGCGCCAAACCAUGAAUUCUUGGGAAUUACACUGGAAGAAAAUGCUAGUGAAUGUCAGGAAGUGGAUGCUUGUUUAACUGCCACGUGGCGAUAUAGGCUAAUGCUCCGAGCGUUGCUUGCAGUCUGUGGAGAAAACCUCACUCGGACAUUAUUACGGCAACAACUGUUGGUCAAGACUGUGUCAGAAGUGGCGUUAUCUGUGAAAUGCGCUAAGGAGGCGCUACGUCAACGCGCUCUGCACGACGGCGGGGAGCGGCUGGCGGCGCUGCUGCGCCCGGAGCCCGUCGCGCUGCCGCUCGCGCUGCAUCGCUACGUGCACGACGUCGACAUCAAAUCGUGUUCCUAUUUCUCUUCAAACACUCUCCCAUUGAAAAUUAACUUUAUCGGUGUUGACAAUGCAGUUGUACCUGCAAUGUUCAAGGUGGGAGACGACUUAAGGCAAGACGCCUUAGUGCUGCAAGUGAUCAAAGUGAUGGAUAAUCUUUGGCUUAAAGCGGGACUAGAUCUACGAAUAGUGACCUUCCAAGCUUUACCAACUAGUCACCAAAAAGGAAUGAUAGAAAUAGUAACAGAAGCGGAGACUCUACGGGCCAUACAAACGGAGUGGGGAUUGACUGGUUCAUUUAAGGACAAGCCAAUCGCUGAGUGGCUCGCAAAGCACAACCCAUCUGAGCUGGAGUACCAACGAGCCAGAGACAACUUUACUGCGUCGUGUGCGGGUUACAGCGUGGCAACGUACUUGCUCGGGAUUUGCGAUCGACACAAUGACAACAUUAUGUUGAAGACAUCCGGACAUUUGUUUCACAUAGAUUUUGGAAAAUUCUUAGGCGACGCUCAGAUGUUUGGCAAUUUUAAAAGGGACCGCGCGCCGUUCGUGCUGACGCACGACAUGGCGUACGUGAUCAACGGCGGCGAGCGGCCCACGCAGCGCUUCCAGCACUUCGUGGAGCUGUGCUGCAUGGCCUUCAACAUCGUGCGCGCGCACCACACCCACAUACUCGACCUCUUCGCGCUCAUGGCGAUGUCGGGCGCGGCGGGCGUGUCGAGCGCGGCGGUGGGCUACGUGCGCGCCGCGCUGCUGCCCGCCGCCACCAACGCCGAGGCGGCCGCCGCCUUCGCGCGCCUCAUACACUCCUCGCUCAAGAGCAAAUUUACACCUAUAAACUUCUUUCUGCACAAUUUGGCACAGCUGAGAGCAAGUGGGGACCAGAGCAGUAAUUCGUCGGAAUUGCUUUCGUUUAUGCCAAGAACGUACACUAUGGCGCAAGAAGGUCGCCUCGUGCGCGUAGAGUGCCUCAGCUACGAGAAACGCUACGACCCCGAGAAGCACUACGUGUACGCGCUCCGCGUGUACCGGCUGGGCCAGGCCACGCCUUUCGUGCUGUACCGCUCCUACAAGCACUUUACCGAACUCUACCAGAAGAUCUGCCUACACUUCCCGCUGGCAAAGGUGCAUAGCCUGCCAUCUGGACUGCACGUGGGUCGCUCGAACACUCGACAGGUGGCCGAGCGGCGGCUGGGCGACGUGCAAGCCUUCCUCAGUUCGCUGUUCGGUCUCGCCGACGAGAUCGCGCACUCCGACCUCGUGUACACGUUCUUCCACCCGUUGUUACGGGACCAGCAGGAUGUCGAGCCGCAAAGGAUGAAGAACAGAGGCGAGGCGCGUGAGGCGGAGAGCAGUGGGUCGGGGUCGUUGAAGCUGUCGGUGCAGUACGCGGGCGGCGUGCUGGCCGUGCUGAUCCUGCACGCGCAGUCGCUGCCCGCCGCGCCGCAGGGCCUGCCGCCCAACCCAUACGUCAAGGUAUACUUGGUACCAGAUCCUACCAAAGAAACGAAACGGAAGACGCGCGUGUUAAAACGUAACUCGCACCCGUCCUUCAUGGAGAUGCUCGAAUAUCGCUUGCCGCUCGAAGUCGUCAGGAGCAGAAGCCUACAGGCGACAGUGUGGCAUUACGACUCGCUGCAGGAGAACCAGUUUCUAGGCGGCGUGGUGAUACCACUUAGCUCGAUACCGCUUAGAGAAGAGACGGUGGCGUGGUAUCCCCUAGAAUAUAUACCACGGUAG